ACCCGAAAGCUCCUGAUGAUGAUUCACAGCUCCAAGUUUUACUGAACAACUCGAAACUCACCAGCAUGGCCAAACAAAUGAACUGGAAGAACUGCUCACAGGAUUUAGGUGUUGAUGUGUCCAAGAACCCAGCUUCAGAUCUACAAGAGUUGUCUUUCAGAGAUGCUGAGAAUCAACAGAUUAUCAGUCAGAGGAAGCCUGAUUCCCACUGAUGCCAAGAACAUUACUCCAUGUUGAGAGAUGAGCUCUGGUGAAUUUUGCUGCAGCGCUACAGAAGAGGCUGCCUUGGCUUCCCACCUGCUGCUUGGCUGGAGGUCAUUGCCACCCAGGGGUGGAAGCAAAGACUUCCUGCUGCAUCAAGUGGAAGCCUUCUUCAGAAGGACAGGUUAGCUGAGGGUGGCAGCUCUUGACUGAACCACAGCAAUGCUCAUCUGGUAGAGUCAGCUUGUGGUGUACAACAACAACAGACAAAAAAAAAGAUUAGGGGUUUCAAUGGCAAAAUAAACAAAAAUGUACCUGUAUGGAAAUAAGAGAAAGGCAAAAUGCUUUAAGGUCCAAACAAGAUACACAUGACUCCUCAAAUGAAAGGCUUACUUCGAGACGUUUCCUGUUGAGUAACUGAUGCUGCUGCUGCUGAGAGUGAACAGAGUAUCUGCCAAGCACGAGCUGCUGUAAUGGUCUACGACGAUGCCAAUAAGAAAUGGGUACCAGCUGGUGGAUCAACUGGAUUCAGCAGAGUUCACAUAUAUCAUCACACAGGCAACAACACAUUCAGAGUAGUGGGCAGGAAGAUUCAGGAUCAUCAGGUGGUAAUAAAUUGUGCCAUUCCAAAAGGGCUGAAGUACAAUCAGGCUACACAGACCUUCCACCAGUGGCGUGAUGCUAGACAGGUGUAUGGUCUGAAUUUUGGCAGCAAAGAAGAUGCCAACGUCUUCGCAAGUGCCAUGAUGCAUGCCUUAGAAGUAUUAAAUUCACAGGAAGCUGGUCCUACAUUGCCUCGACAGAAUUCACAGCUUCCCUCUCAAGUACAAAAUGGUCCAUCACAAGAAGAAAUGGAAAUCCAGAGAAGACAGUUGCAAGAGCAACAGAGGCAGAAGGAGCUGGAACGGGAGAGGCUGGAUCGUGAACGAAUGGAACGGGAGAGGCUGGAGAGAGAGAGGCUAGAAAGGGAAAGACUGGAAAGAGAGCGCCUAGAGCAGGAGCAGCUGGAGAGAGAACGGCAAGAAAGGGAACGGCAAGAGCGCCUGGAAAGGGAGAGACAAGAGAAGGAGAGGCAGGACCGGGAGAGACUGGAACGACUUGAACGGGAGAGGCAAGAAAGAGAACGGCAAGAACAGUUGGAAAGGGAACAGUUGGAAUGGGAAAGAGAGAGAAGAAUUUCAAAUGCUGCUACCCCUGCCUCUGUUGAGAACUCUCUAAACUCUGUGCUGGGAGACUCCUCUGCUUCUGAGCCAGUCUUGCAGGCAGCCUCUCAGCCGGUUGAAGCUCCGACCCAGCAGGGUGUUGUCCAAGGACCACCUGCACCACCUCCUCCACCUCCCCUGCCCCCUGGCCCAGCUCAGUCUUCAGUAGCAGCCCCACCUCCUCCUGGCCCUCCACCACCUCCUCCACUCCCACCUUCGGGGCCGCCACCACCGCCACCACCGCCUCCUCCGCUGCCCAGCCAAGUCCCUCCCGUUCCCCUGCCACCUCCUGCUCCCCCCCUCCCAGCCUCUGGAUUUUCAGCAGGAUUCGUGUCCGAAGAUAAUCGCCCUCUAACUGGACUAGCAGCUGCACUUGCUGGAGCCAAACUUAGGAAAGUCUCACGGGGUGAAGACUCCUCCAGUUCGAGUGGAGGAGGAGGAGGCUCUGCUUCAUCCAAAACAGACGGUGGCCGUGGAAAUGGACCCCUUCCUUUGGGAGGCAGUGGGUUGAUGGAAGAAAUGAGCGCCCUGCUGGCCAGGAGGAGAAGAAUUGCUGAAAAGGGAUCAACAGAACCAGAGCAGAAAGAAGAUAAAGCUGAAGAAUCAGAGUCUUCAUCUUCCAAGGUUUCUUCAACAAGCACACCUGAACUAACAAGAAAGCCUUGGGAAAGGACAAAUACAGUGAAUGGAAGCAAGUCACCUGUUAUUUCCAGACCAAAAUCUACACCAACGGGACAGCCCAGUGCCAACGGAGUACAGUCAGAAGGUCUAGAUUAUGACAGAUUGAAGCAGGACAUUUUAGAUGAAAUGAGGAAGGAGUUAACAAAAUUAAAGGAAGAGCUCAUUGAUGCUAUCAGGCAGGAACUCAGCAAGUCCAAUACUGCAUAGAAAGACUCGUACUAAGCCGAUGUGACUCUUUAACUUGAUAUAAAACUGACUACGUUUUGUGAGCUGUUAGAAGAAAACGGAGACAGACAGACAGACACUUGGAAGGAGGGAGAAACAACCUAUUCUGAAAAGCUUCAGACACAUCACUCUGGUGAUAAUGCUAUUCCCCUCCUACUUUGCAGCUUUUUUCUGACCUUUACAGCAGGGUGGAAAAGACUCUUAAAGUUACUGUAAUGAUUAUGCAGAAAUUCCUACAUCUAUCAGACAAGAUCACAGUGCUUUGAAGUCUACUCAUGUCGAGAUAAAAUUGCACAUGUUUCAGAAUUUGUUGUUAAGACAAAAAAAAAAACAGGGAAAAGCUUGGGAAGGCUUUUCAGAGAGGUUUUCUUUAUUUAAUGAAGGAGUUAGCAAGUUACACUGUUGUACUUCAAAUGUAUCUCAGGUUUGUCUUCCUAUCAUAUCUGGUAUUUCCAUGAGUAAUUUAAAAGAUCAGAUGUGUAGAAGUUCAGUUCACAAGACAAGGAACAAUUAGAGACGCGUGCUUUUAAAGGGCAAUAUUUGUAAGUAAGGGUGACCUAGACGGUGAUGACAUAUCAAGAUUUUGGAAUUUUAUGAUAGGAAGCCUCUCUAGUUAGCCUUCAUGCAAUUUUCUAGGAAAAUUUAAAAAAAAAAAAGCAAAUACAGUCCAGAGUUUAAAGAUGUAGAUGCCUUCCUACAUUGUUACGAUGCUUUACCAAAUCUAAGACUUCGACAUAAAGCGAAUCAGCAGUCAAAUGUAAAUCAUUAGUAUGUUGUAGAUUUACAGUAGAUUUUGGGGCUUUUUUUAGAUUUAUGCAUGUGGACAUUUUGUAAUGUAACACAACACAGCCAGCUUUUUAAUUAAAAGAAAAAUUGCAUGUCACAGAGUAGCCUUUUCAUUUGUAAGGCUUAAUUUAUGCCCAGGAAGAUGUGGGAAGAGGGAGGGGGAAGGUAACACAUUUUUAUUACUUUCUACACUUUUUCUUCAUCUUACAUGCAUGUGUAAUAAUGAGGAAAACAUGACUUUUAUCAGUAACCAUGUUAAUGGAACCAGGUACUUGAUCCUUUUGUAUCUUUUUUCAGUUUUCUAUUUGAAAUUCAGUAAUAACUUCCAGUAAUGGUUCUGAAACUCCCAGGUGAACCGAACUCGUUUCUCAGUGAGAGAAAAAAUGUUGUAGGCAUCUGAUUUGCUGAGGAUGCCCCUGUGUAAGUGCGUUGUCCUUCACCUUUUCACCAUGACCCUCUGCUUCACUCUUUUCUGAGACUCCUUUUUUUUUUUUAUUGUUUAAUGAAACAGAACAGCAGUAGUUACCUGAGAACGAUCAGGUCACAGUAAAUGGCCCCUUCUCCUCCUAAUUUAUCUGCCACCCUCCUUUCCAAAAGAACUCAAAACCAACAGAUAACCCCCACAGCUCCACAUGAGACAAACCCUGAAAAAUAGUAAUGAUAUGCUAUUGGUUUUGCUCAACAAUUUCAGAAAGAGUUUUAGGGGAGGUGAUAUCUCUCUCUUUCCCAGGGUUUUCAAUCUUAUGAGUGUAAAUUUUUUAUUUGUUUUAAUUUUGUGUUUUAAUGUGGUAAAGUUCAGUGGAAUAGAAAUUCUACAAAUUGGCUUUGUAGUGCUUUGGAAAAAGAAUAUGCAUCAAAAUCUUCCCUUUUCCUUUGCACUGUCCAUUUUUCUAAGCCAUGUUUGCUUUGGAAUCUGUGCUGAUCCAGAGGAAAAGUUUACUUACAGCUCGUGGAGAAAUUUGCUUACAAGUACAGGCAGCUCCAUUCGUGGCACAGAUGCUUUCAAUAGCAGACUGUCUGGAGUGCUGAACACCAAAGCAAAACAGCGCUUGACAGCUUCAGAAAGGCUUCAGUAGGAAAUCUUUUUCCCAUUCAAAUGUUGCCUGAUCUUAUAGGUUCAGAUUCUAAGGGAAGACGACAGUGGAAAUAAUUUCCUAACUCGAUUUAUUAAUUUUUUUUUAAUAAAGAGGAGAAACAACAUCACCUUUCUGCAUGCAUUUAUUGAAGGCAUUAAAAAGAAAAAAUCCAUAAUAAGCUUGUCAAGUACUGUUUUUCUCAAAACAAGAGGAGGCAUUUUCGUCUUUGUUGAUGUAGCUUUUUGUUUUACACAGACUUUUUGAGCAGUAAGGAUGUUUACCCUUGUCAGAAAUCACGUUUGAUUCGUUUCUAGGAGGGUUCAGGAGUUACAUAGUGGAAUAGCAUGGAUGGCUAUAAGUGGUCCAAAAUUAAAGGCUGAACUUCUAGAUUGUGCAAGGAACUGGCUUAUGCACUAAACGUUUUGUGCCUUGGUCUACAAUUAACAUGAUUUCUGUUUAAAAGAAAAAGGAACAGAUGUUGUCUUUUUGUGCUGCUUCUACAUACAUACUUUCUGUAAUCCCAACCUGCAGAACUGGUUCUUUCCAGGAAAUCAGAUUGAAUUAAAGAUUACUGUAGACAUUUCCUGACCUACUGACAGUUGCACCAUUUCCAGAGAUUUCAGUAUUGAAAAUGAACUGCAGAAGCUACAAUUAUUUUGCUUACUGGUGACUAAGUUCUUUAAAAACCAUAUUGUGGUGGUUCUGUGCUUUUGUACAAUGGAUGUCUUAAGCUGAGGGCAGUUUAAGGGAUCCUUCCUAAUGCCAGGAGGGCGUUGCUUUCCUCAACACUGUGAUCUGACCUGUGAUAAACCUGCACUAUAGACAAGUGGCUACCGAGUCAACCGCAAACCAACUGAAUGUAAAACCCUUAGUGCUGGUGCUGAAAUCUCUUCAGACAGUCAUAAUGAUUUCCAGUUCGUUUUAAAGUUACCAAGUGUCAAUCAAAGACUGAAGCUGUUCACUAAUGAAUGUUGACUUUUCAUGCAUUUAGGUUUACCUUCUUUUUAGUUUCUCAGUUCAUUCUCUGCUAUUUUUAUCAUAUUGUGUCAUUUUAAAUUUCUUACAUGCUAACGUUUUGUUUGAGCGAAUGAAAUAAAAUUGCAAUAUAUACA